CAAAGUCUUGAAGAAUUUCUCAUUGAAAGGAAGCCAACAAGGAUAAGAGUAGGGCUUGUUGGAGCUGCGGAUAAGUUACAGGAAUUAAACAAACUAAUCACCAUUUUCUCUUUUUUCCCGUGGACACUCAAACAGGGCAGCUGCAAUGUGGAUUCAAGUGCGAACAAUGGAUGGCAAAGAGACCCAUAGGGUGGAUUCGCUGUCCAAACUUACAAAGGUGGAUGAGCUGCGGCAGAAGAUUUCGGAGCUAUUUAAAGUGGAGCCGGAAAGGCAGAGGUUGUUUUACCGUGGCAAGCAGAUGGAGGAUGGACACACGAUAUUCGAUUAUAAUGUGGGCCUUAAUGACAUCGUGCAGUUGCUCAUUAGACAGAACACACCCCGUGUUGGAGUUACUAAAAACAAAGACAAAGAAGCGGAGCUUUCCGACUCUGAUUCUGGCUGCGGCUCAACCCAGAGUGAGUCUGACAAGAGCUCGACUCAUGGUGAGAUGGAGGUUCAGACCGCUGGUACCUCUGCCCAAACAAGCCCCCCGCAGCUCCUGGAACCGGGAUUUGGAUUUUACAAGGUCAAUGAAAUGGUGGACGCAAGGGACUUGAAUAUGGGCGCGUGGUUUGAAGGCCAGAUCGCCAAAGUCACCAGGAGCCCCGUGAUUCCCCAAGAGGAUGUGGUUGAGGUGAAGGACGAAGACGAGAUACUGUACCACGUGAAAUAUGAAGAUUACCCAGAGAACGGUGAGAUCCCUCUUUUGGCUAAGGAUGUUCGCCCGAGGGCCCGGUCUGUGUAUCAGUGGGAUGAGUUGGAGCCUGGUAUGGUCGUUAUGCUCAACUACAACCCAGAUGAUCCCACGGAGCGUGGAUAUUGGUAUGAUGCUGAGAUCCAGAGAAAAAGGGAGACACGCACCCUGCGAGAGGUUUAUGCAAAGAUCAUUUUAGGAGAGGCAGGGGACUCGCUCAACGACUGCCGAAUUAUGUUUGUAAAUGAAAUUUACAAAAUCGAGGCAGCUGGCUCUCAAAAUGAUACACCCGUUGGAUCAGAGAGUCCACCGAAAAGAACAAAUGGACCCGAGUGCAAGCACUGCAAGGAUGAUCCCGAUAAAAACUGCCGUUGGUGUAACUGCAACAUUUGCGGCAUCAAGCAGGAUCCUGACAAACAGCUGCUGUGUGAUGAAUGUGACUUGGCCUACCACACAUACUGCCUAAACCCACCACUCACCACCAUCCCAGAGGAUGAAGACUGGUAUUGCCCAAAAUGCCGCACUGACUCCAAUGAGGUUGUGCGUGCUGGAGAGAAGCUAAAGGACAGUAAGAAGAAAGCCAAAAUGGCUUCUGCCAGCUCUUCAAGCCAGAGGGACUGGGGCAAGGGAAUGGCCUGUGUUGGUCGAACCAAGCAGUGUACCAUUGUCCCAUCGAACCACUAUGGCCCAAUCCCUGGUGUUCCUGUUGGCUCAUUGUGGAAAUUCCGAGUACAGGUUAGUGAGUCUGGUGUCCACAGACCACAUGUAGCUGGGAUCCAUGGCAGAAACAACGAUGGUGCUUACUCUCUGGUCUUAGCAGGAGGCUAUGAGGAUGAUGUGGAUGAUGGAAAUGAGUUUACUUACACUGGUUCUGGAGGUCGAGAUCUGUCUGGGAACAAGAGGACUGCUGAGCAAUCAUGUGAUCAGACACUUACUCACAUGAACCGUGCACUUGCUCUCAAUUGCAAUGUUCCUGUCAAUUGGAAGAAUGGUGCUCAGGCAAAGACCUGGAAGGAUGGCAAGCCAGUACGAGUGGUUCGCAGCUGGAAGGGUCGCAAGCACAGUAAAUACUGCCCUGAGGAAGGAAACAGAUAUGAUGGGAUAUACAAAAUAGUGAAAUACUGGCCAGCCAAAGGCAAAUCUGGUUUCUUGGUUUGGCGCUACCUCCUUAAGCGGGAUGAUGAUGAGCCAGCACCAUGGACCAGAGAUGGCAAAGAACGCAUCAAGAAACUUGGACUUGUCAUGCAGUAUCCUGCUGGUUAUCAGAAGGAGAAAGAGAACAAAAAUGAAGAAGAGGAGGAAACACCCAGCAAGGCAAAGAGAAAGAGGGAGUCUCAGCGCAUUGAAUCCACUAAGAACUCACCAGCCAAGAGUCCCAAGAAAGUGAAAGUGGAAGUUUACAAGCUGUCUGGAAAGCAGAAGGCGUUCAUCAAGGAUGACAGGCAAAACAAGAAAGUGUGGGAUGAAGCCAUGGAGUCGCUGUCCCUCGGCCCGAAAUUUCUGAACAAAGUUGAAGAGGUUUUCCUCUGCAUUUGCUGCCAAGAAGUAGUCUAUCGGCCCAUCACCACUGAGUGCCAACACAAUGUCUGCAAGGAAUGCCUUCAGCGUUCCUUCAAGGCAGAUGUGUACACUUGCCCGGCCUGCAGACAUGACUUGGGCAAAAACUACUCCAUGACUGUCAACAAGAAUCUGCAAGAGAUCCUUAAUCAGUUUUUCCCAGGUUACAGCAAUGGCCGAUGAUCAAGAGUUCCUCCAACUCGGACUUGGUAGAAUUUAAAAAACAUGCAAAAUGUAAGGGCAAUUUUCAUUUAGAGACGAUAAAGAAUUUGUUCCUCUUAAUAUAUUUUUAUGAAUUAUAAAUCUACCAUUGCUGUGGACUUCAGUGCGCCUAUCUUCCAUGAUGUGUUGGUAAUGAUGAGUUGUUUUUUUUGUUUGUUUCCCCCUUGUUACUUACUGCCUGUAUUCCUAUGUUGUUGCAACCGUAAAAUGUGAUAUUACACUUUUUUGGUCCAUCAACUUGGUAAUGCCACUGGGAUAGUAGUGACAUUUUUUUUUGUUUCUCUGGUCUCCUUAAGAGAUGUCAACUUAAUCUCUGUAAUAAAAAAUGUUUCCAUUUCAAUUAUAACGGGUAAUUUUACAGCCGUGAUAUUAAACUUGCUGUGGCACAUUACACUAUCGGUUAAGCAUCUCUUUCACUGAUUAUUUUGUUUUUAAUUUAAUCUUUUUUAAAUAUUUUGACUUAUUUACCCUGCUCUGCUUUCUUUUUCUUUUUUAAGAAAUCAAGUCACAACUUGACCCGCUGUCCUUUCAGCUUGUUAAACUGUGUUUUCACUCUGAUAGAAUAACAUAAUUGGAAUGAACUCCUAAGAUAUGUGCUUUUAAAGUGUUGUGUCAAACCCUCAUUUAGCUGUUAUUUGUUGAGUUGAGAAGUGUAUUUUUUUUUUCUGUCACAAUUUAUGAAUGUGUUGUUAUCCAGUCAUUUGCCCCCUGAAGGGACCAGAAUUACAUGCUUGCCUUCGAGGAUAAUUUACAAUCAAUUGCAACAGUUUGGAUAUCAUCCGACAGCUGGCCUUUGUUGUUGAGGCUACGUUUUGCAGAAUGGAUCAAAUUUAUAUUUUCAGAAAUUGUUUAAUGUCCAUUUUAGUUUUGAUAUAGUUUUAGAACUGCUUGCACAUUUUGCAAAUUUGUCAUUGCAUUGUAAUUCAAUAAAAUAAAAUGAAA